AUGAAAAGCAAUCAAACCCUCCCUCCCAAUCCCCGUCCCUUGCUCCAAUUAGCUCCCACCGGCUCCCGUCGCCGCGCCACCCCCACCGGCUCCCGUUGCCGCCGCCGGAUCCCGUCUCCCCGCCGCCCCCACCCGCUCCCGUCGCCGCGCCGCCCCACUGGCUCCCAUCGCCGCCACCGGAUCCAGUCACCGCGCCGCCCCCACUGGCUCCCGUCGCCGCGCCGCGCCCACUGGCUCCCUCGCCGCCGCUGGAUCCCGUCACCGCGCCGCCCCCACUGGCUCCCGUCGCCGCCGCUGGAAGCGCACCCGCUGCCUUCCCUCGAUGGGGCAGACGCCGCGAGUGCUUCUGUCGUGGCAGCGCCAGAGCGGCCUAUGGCUCGAGCUCAUCCUCUUCAAUGGAGGAGGGCGACGGGAAUGGCUUGUCGAGCAGUUUAUUAUAGCCGGGGUAUUGUUGCUUAUUCUUACGAGGAGUAUUUUGAGGAGCCAGUGAUGUUUCAGGAAAAUGUGGCUACUAUGUAGUUAUCGAUGAAGCUCCUGAGUCCUGAUCGACACCAAGUCUGAGAAGGUGUGCUUCGCAGAGGCAGGCAACGAUGUCGUGGAGUUCCUCACCGGUCUCCUGUCCCUGCCGCUUGGCACUGUUGUCAACCUGUUGUCUCCUGUCCCUGCCUUGGCAACGUGCUCAGCAGCGCGGAGAAACUGGACGCGAAAUACAAGAUUAAAGAGCGGCGU